GACGGUGCUUUUCAGCGCCUGGCUGACUGCGAUGAAGUAUCGCAUAGACAACUUCACCAGCGAUCCCACGAGCAAGGACUUGGCGAUCAAAACGGGGAUACUGGCGGAGGACGGGUUCCCGUACUUGCAAUGGGAUCCAGACACGUCGAAGCACGUCCGGAUCCCACAAGACCCCUUGACGAUCGAGAUCGCCCUCCAGACCUUGAACCAGCUGCAACAGCUGCUCAUCCACCCCAACGUGAUAGGUCGCUUCCAUCCACUGAGGAAGCUCACGGAGGGGAUGGUCUCCGAUGUCAUCCCUUGGACACUGGAAAUCCAGAACCGCGCGCAGGAAGCGCAAGCGGCCUAUGCGCUGAUAGGGAGGCUGAUCCGCAGCGGAUGCACCCAUCUAGCAGCGUCCACUUUGAGGCCCGCCAAGCUAGGUCGCUCGCCCCUAGCCACGGCGGUGGACAAGAUGAUCCAAGAGCUUUAA